CUUCGGUCAAAGGUCACAUAUUUCCCUGACGAUAUGGACGCUGUGAAGUCUUUUUUCUGGAAUGUUCGAUAUAUCGGUACCAUUUAACACUUUCAGGCACUGUUGUUGAGCAUCCUACUCUGGGAGAAGAGGAAUGUCAUAGGAAUCCAUUGUGUUGUCCAUUAUCAUCAACAGACUUUUUUUUCAUAUGAAGUGGCAUCACAACAGUUUAUAAGCUGAAAGAUACCCAGCUGUAUGAUCUUCAUACAUUUUUUUUGUAAUUUUUUUUCUUUACAAUUACCAUCAAAUUCAAACUGAAAGUUUGACUCUCUGAGAGGUUACACUGCACAGCCUCUAUAAGUAAUUUUUGGACACUGGGGAUACGGGUGUAAGAAGUCAGUGUCCAUACAAAAACCCAGGGAUAUAGAAUCCCAAGAGACUCUUAAUCAAGAUGGGGGAAGAGAAAGGAAGAGAUGACAGCAGUGAGAUCGGGCCAGGCCAGAUGUAUCAGCAUUACAUCAUCAUGGAAGACCUACUUGAUAAACUCAAGCUUUUGAGUUAUGAGGAGGAGUUCUUAAAAGAACUUGGCUUCAAGCCUCUUUCCAGGCACUACUUUGCGAUUGCCACUAACCCUGGGGAGCAGUUCUACAUGUUCACAUCACUCUCAGCCUGGUUAAUAAGUCUAAGUGGCAAGCAUUUUGACAGGCCACAAGAGUACGAUGAUCCAAACGCCACGAUAGCAAACAUCCUUGGGGAGGUCCGCCAACUGGGGGCAGCGACAGACUUCCCUCCGAACAAACUCAAGACUGGCCAUGGGGAAUACUGCAUCUAUGUCCUGGACAAGCUGGCUGAUGAGGCUCUCAAGAAAUCUGGAUUCAAAUGGGGAAAGCCUUUAUACCCAGAGGAGGAGACUGAGGAAGAGUCUACUGUGGAUGAUGAUGUGGAACUCACUCUAGACAAAGUAGAUGAUGAAAUUGCUGAGGAAGAGGAUAUAGAUGAAGAUGAAAGCUUUCUUGAUCUGGAAGGGCUAAGGAAUCUUCAAACAAACAAGGAAACAGCAGAGAGCUCCAGGCCAGAAGAGAUCAUGGAGUCGUCCGUUGAUGCUAAUGAAUGGAGGUUAGAGGUUGAAAGGGUCACACCUUCCCUAAAGGUUCACAUUAGGACAGACAACAAGGAUUGGAGAACCCAUGUUGAUCAGAUGCACCAACACAAGGAUGGCAUUGAGACGGCUCUCUCAGAGACAAAGGGUUACCUUGACAAACUGCACAAGGAGAUCACCAGGACAUUAGAGAAGAUAGGAAGCAGAGAGAAGUACAUCAACAACCAGUUAGAACAUUUACUACAGGACUUCAGAGGAACCCAGGAUGGUUUAGCUGAGGUGAAGGAGCAAUACAGGCAGGCCAGUGGUGGAGUGACAGAUCGAACGAGACAGCUUGCUGAAGUGACAGAAGAAUUGGAACGGAUAAAACAAGAGAUGGAGGAGAGGGGGUCAAGCAUGACAGAUGGAUCUCCGUUGGUAAAGAUCAAGCAAGCGCUGCAGCGUCUGAAGAAUGAGGUUAUUCAGAUGGAUGUCAGGGUCGGGGUCGUGGAGCAAAACCUUCUCCAGGCUAAGCUGAAAGAUAAGACCAACAUGCAAAGAGAUAUGAAUAAACCUAUAGGAAAUGGCAAUGAUUAUGAUUAUUGAAAGGUCGGACAGCAGCCCUUCAUUUUAUUGUCUAAAACGCCAAGGUGUGACAGCGCCUUAAACGUCAUUGAGACCAGAGAUGACCUUUUCAUUGAUGGAAUAAGUUCUAGGGUUACCAAACAUUUAUCUGGCCGCAACACAUCUUUAUAACUUAGUGCCCACAACAAUACACUUGAGAGAUGUACUGGGGACUUGGUAAAUGUAUAGUUGAAAACAAAAUUGAUGAUUGAAAUGAAUCAUGGAUCUUCAGACAUAAAUAAGAGUUCUUUAUUUUGCUACAUUUUCCAUGAUGGAUUGCAACUUUUUUGUGUUAAAGGACCUAUUCUAAAUGAUAUUCCUUUCUACCUUGAUAAAUUCUUAUCAGCAAUUUCGAGAUUUUCAUGUGUUUGACUUCUCACAGACUGCUAAUUUCCAGGACCUGGUUGCUAAAAGUAAUUACACUCAACCUUGAAAAAGUUGAAUAAAUGCCCAACUCGAAGCAAUUUUGUUAGAGCGGGGCGCCGCCUUACGGAGAGUUACAUACUUACGAUUUAUCUGGUCUAUUGCAUCUUUCUUUGACUUGUAUGCUACCACCAGAAGAUGGAGAUCAUAUUACCUAAACAAUUCCUUGUGUCUUAUACUCUGUAAAUAUAUAUGUAUUGCGCUGUUGAUAUUAUAGAUUUUAUGUAAAUAAAGGUCAUCUAUGAACAUAUGUAGA